ACCUCUAUACCCAUAUCACAACUAGACAAGAUGGCGGCAGCAAUCAAGGCCCUCAAUGCGAAGAUUCGCUCAAACCCCUACACCGACUACCUCUGCUCGACCCACUUCUGGGGCCCCGCAUCCAACUUUGGUAUUCCUCUCGCUGCCGUCAUGGACACACAAAAGGACCCCGAAAUUAUCUCGGGAUCCAUGACUCUUGCUCUCACCGGUUACUCUGCCACCUUCAUGCGUUACGCCAUGGCCGUCACUCCCGUAAACUACCUUUUGUUCGGUUGCCAUUUCGUCAACUUCGGCGCACAAGUCACCCAAGGAUACAGAUACCUCAACUACUGGAACUUCGGUGGUAAGGAGUUGCAAGACAAGGCCAAGAGUGAGGCUUCCAACAUCGCAGGCCAAGCCAAGGCUGCUGCCCACAAGGUCGAGGAUAAGGCCAAGGAGGUUGCCAACAAGGUCACAAGCUCAUAAACUGUACAAACUUCUUUCCGGUUUCAAAACUCAGGGCCCAGUGCAUGAUCGCAGGAGAUUGUGAUGCAUUGGACAUCUCAGACACUACUUGAGUAGGCAGUGUCAUCACUCAGUGGUACAGCGGAACCAUGAAAGUGAUAUACAGGAAGAUUGAGGGCUUUCUUGCAAUUCUAAUAUCAGCUCUCUGCUCCUCUCUCACGUCAUAUCCAAAGCAAAUGAAGAUCACUCAAAACUGUUACAGCUGCGCCUUUCUUCGAGACUCCAGUGAACUGUUCAAUUGCUGAGCAUAGUCCCUAGCUAGAUCACCUUUGGCGAUAUCUUUUGGCGAUGUGUCUUUGGGUCUGGAAUCAGUGGAACACAUCCUUAGAUCGAUAACUCGACUGCUUGGGCCAUCGUAUUAUGUCUUUGUUGCCGUAUUAGAGUUUCUAG